UACCAAUACGAGGGUAUUUUCGUAAAGUGUAGGAACAAGAGAAUUUUAUUAUAAUUAUUUGAAAUUAAAAAAGAAAACGUGUCUUAUUGCUAACCAAAUUAUCAUUUUGAUGGACUAUAAAGUAAUAGAAAGUUGCCUAAAGAAAAAGGCCUUUCUUUUUUUAAUUGGAAAGAAUAAAGAACACAUAGGUCAUAACGCCAGAAAUAAACAUUGGAUCCAACAAAGAAAUAAUAUUAAUUAAUUAGAUUUUGUCAAAAAAUAAAUAAAUUAAUUAAUAAAUUGCAAUUAAAUGCAUCCCAAUUUAAAUGGGAACAAUAACAAUAAAUAGUUUAGGCUAAUUGGCCUAGAGAAAAAGUCAACGCAUCAAAAAUGUUUUCCGAUGAAGACUUCUUCCACUACAGCCUCCUCUCACUCUACCUCAUCACACCCCCCACUAUCUUCUCUCUCCUCUUCCUCACCGCCCCUUACGGCAAGCACCACCGCCCCGGAUGGGGGCCCACCAUCCCGCCGCCGCUAGCCUGGUGUCUGAUGGAGAGCCCCACUAUAUGGCUCACUCUCCUCCUCUUCCCCCACGGCAGAAACAGCACCAACCCACGCGCCGUCGUACUCAUCUCCCCUUUCCUCCUCCACUACCUCCACCGGAGUUUCAUCUACCCCCUCCGCCUCUUCCUCAGAACCCCCACAAACCAGAUCAAGAAACCGGGUUUUCCGGUGAGUAUAGCUUUGUUGGCUUUCGGGUUUAAUUUGCUGAAUGCUUACUUGCAAGGCAGAUGGGUUUCCGAGUACGCGGAUCUUGACGGAGAUGGGUGGUUCUGGUGGCGGAUGGCCGGCGGCGCGGUGGUGUUCGGCGGCGGUGCGGUGGCGAAUGUGUGGUCGGACAGUGUGUUGAUGGGCUUGAAAGAGGGCGGCGGCGGUGGUGGGUAUAAGAUACCUAAGGGUGGGCUUUUUGAAUUUGUGAGCUGUCCGAAUUAUUUUGGGGAGAUUAUGGAGUGGUUGGGCUGGGCUUUGAUGACGUGGUCAUGGGCCGGGCUCGGGUUUUUGUUGUACACGUGUGCUAAUUUGGUGCCAAGAGCUGUGGCCAAUCAUAAGUGGUAUUUGGAGAAAUUUGGGGAGGAUUAUCCCAACACUAGGAAAUCCGUCAUCCCUUUUUUAUAUUAAUUAAUGAGUUUAUUUGUUAACUU